UCACACACGCUCCCGCGUGUUGACAUAACGCGAUCUUCACCUGUUUUUACUGCAAACAGCUGUUUCGACUCGCGCGCAUGUCAACUGAGCGAUCGUCUUUUGGUUUUCCGCGUUCGAAAAUCGAGGGGUGUGUGAAAACGCGAGUCGAUUGGUAAAUGAGCGAUCGUCUUUUGUUUUCCGUGUUUAUUUGAUGUGUGUGAUAAGUUGAACGCUAGAUAUUCGCGCGCGAAUGGUCUUUUCGUUUCGCGAAACUGUUGAAUUGAAAGUGUUUCUGGCGUCAAAAUGAUGCGUUCUUUGAAUUGUGUGUCUCCGAAUAAUUUCAAAAUAACAGCACCCACGGAGAGUACGGAGGUUUUUGCGAUCGAGUCUUCAAUGGCGGGAUCGAGACGAGACUUGGAGUCUCAAUCCACCUCCAAUUCAACAGAGAAAAAACACAGCAUCUGGUGGAAUGUGUUUGUCGACAUUCCCAUACUCGCAGCUGUUAUUACCGUGAUCCUGCUUUACGAGUCUGGCAUCAUCCCCUCCUACAAAAGUGGCUUCUUCUGCAACGACCCUAGCCUAAGCUACACAUUCAACGGAGACACCGUCAAUGAUGUGGUCUUGGUGUCUACUAUUCUUCUGAUGCCUUUAACAGCCUUCCUCAUCACAGAACUCGUCGCCCUCGACUCUGACUACCUCCACUCUCGGCCUCUAGAGGCCCUCAGGAGAACCGGUCUGCUGUACCGGAACUAUAUGUACGGCUUCGUCUUCAACCUCCUCGUUGUUGAGAUCUUGAAAGGCCUAAGUGGAAUGCCGAGGCCGGUGUUCUUUCAGCUCUGCAAACCGGAUACUGCAGUUAAUUGUACCACGGGCGAGUACAUUUCUACCUUCGAGUGCACGUCGUCCUACUCCUGGUGGAAGCAGUAUGACUCAUACCAUAGCUUCCCAUCUGGACACACGUCUAUGUCGGUCUACUGUGGACUUUUUAUCGCGUGGUACCUCCAACGCCGUGCGUUCUCCUGGUCUUCCCGGACGGUGCUCUUGGUCCCACUGGUCCAGAUCUUCUGCAUCGGUUACGCAGCUGUAUGCUCCUUGUCUCGGAUCACGGACCAUAGGCAUCAUUGGUGGGAUGUCGCUGCUGGGAUGGUUGUUGGUGUGAUCACACUUUUGUUUGCGGUAUUUCCUGUCAGCGAUAACUUCGCACUAGUGAGAGUAGCGAGUGUUUCACAGACCCAGCAUUCCAGCACAGACCUGCUUUAUGUGACCGCAAGAAGACCUGUAUCUUAAUUUAAUAUGAAGUUAAGUGUAGGCUCAAUUAAAGAUUAACUACGUAUGAAAAUAUUGCUAUUUUUGAGAUUAUUCCGCAAAGAAAAUAAUUUGAAGAGAGCUCUUUUUUAUUAUAAUAAUAAUAUAUGUAGGGGGACUCCUUUAGUCAUUGGCCACUUCAUAGUAAUUGGUCACUUUAUAUUAAUUGGCCACCCCGUAGUAAUUGGCCACUUCAUAGUAAUUGGCCACCAAUAAGACUUGUAUUGUCUUGUUUCUUUGAUUUGUUAAGAGUGGCCAAUUACUAUUAGACGGGCCAAUAACUACCUAUAGCAGUCACCCUACAUUUUUAGUACUGUAUAUUAGCGAAUAAAGGUGACGUACAGAUGUCAAGUGCGGCUACAUUAAGGUGACAAAUGUGACAAUCCAUUUCCAACGACAGCUGCACUACUGUUCAUUUUACUAUGAAAAUUGACAAUAACACCGACGCGUUUAUUACCAGUAGUGCAGCUGCGAUCAGAAAUGGAAUGUUACCAUUAGGUACUGUUGCAGCGUCGUUGUUGACAUCCGAAUGUCACCUUUAGUACCUAUACGUACCCCCGAAGUAUUAAGUAAAUAAGCAUCUCCAGUGGGAAUGUCUGUAAGUAAAUCAUAAUUUUUUGAUUAGAUAUUUGAAGUACAAGUAUAAAUAAAAAUUAUAUAAAUUAUAAAUAUACUUGGUCAAGCAAAAAUUGUCGUUUACCUACUUAAAAAAGUUACAAAGACCUCAGUCCUUUUUACACAAAUUUUCGUAAAAGAGAUUUCAAUGAAAAAUGUGAGUAGAUAAACUAGGUAAGUAUAUUAAUUAUAGUAUAUUAAUUAGCUAAUUUAAGGUUACACUUUAUUCGAAUUUUGUUAAUUAAGUAUGUUUAGGUACUGUGGAAAUCUUAAAAGAAAUUGACUUUAAAGCCUUUCUGGACCUUUUUAGGGUGAUUGCUAUAUGACAGACGUUUUAUUAAAAACCUUUAGAAUAAAACAGAUUAAACAUACAAAUUAUAAACUAAAAUAAACCUAAGAAUAAAUUGCUAUAUAUAAUUAUUGGCCACCACAUAGUAAUUGGCCUUUCCUAAGAAGUCAGAAAGAAACAAUCGAAAAGUAGUGUUAUUGUUAUGAGUGGUCAAUUUCUAUUUUAGUGGCGAAUACCUACAUAUACCGGUCACCCUACUUUAUACGUAAGUACCUGUUCAAAUCUUCUACUUGUUAAGAGCUGUAUAAUAAAAAAACCUUAGUAAAAUGUCCUAAUCAUAAUUUCCAGAUCGUUUUGGACCCAGAGGGCUAAUUAAUUAAUUAAUUAAUUUCCGCUACCCAAAGGUUGUCUGGAAGAGAUCGCUUUUUAGCGAUAAGACCGCCUGUUGUUUACCUCUGCCUGUAUUUCUGUUUUCUUUUGUAUUGUCUUCUUUUAUUGAGGUGUGCAAUAAAGAGUAUUUGUAUUGUAUUGUAUUGUAAAGGAUGAUCGUAGACGGGGCCGUGUCCGGGUUUGAUGCUUUCCAUGGAAAAAUAAGCGCUGGAAGCUCCGGCCCGGCCCCGGCGCGGUUUACCGUGAGUCAUCUCU